AAAAAUUACAAUUAUUUGUUAAUAUUUCUUAAAGAUCAAUAUAUUACUAUAGUAAAUUUAUCUAUAAUAUUUAUUAUAUACUCACUGUUUGGAUAAAUUCGAUGCACCUUCUGUUAAAGUAUCCAAUGAAACAGGAUUCCUUUCGAUCGUAAUAUUUUGUAGUAAUUUAUUAUUUGUAUUCAUUAAAUAUUCUGAAUUCCUUUUAUUCCUAUCUGUAGUAUUAUGUGUAUCAUUAUUCUGUCUAGACGAGUUAUCAUGAAUCCGUCGGUCCGUAAUAGAUUUGAUUUCCUCCAAAACAUGACGCGUUUUUAUUUCUAAUGCUUUAUUUAAUCGAUAUAAUUCCUUUUCCUUAAUUAAUAGUUUAUCAGACAUUUGUAUCGUUAUAAUGCACGUUAUUUAAUAUUCAAUUACAAAACUAUAAUAAUUUGUUUUUAUGUCAAUGCAUACAAUUAUUAAAAUAUAUAUAUGUAUAUAUAUACAUAUUAUUCAGACAAUAUUUUCACGAAACACAUUUAUUUUCUAAGAGAAUUCUGAUUGGUUAUUUCUGACAAAUAUUCAUGAAACUUAUUUGGAAAUAUUAUUGAUUAAUAUGGUUAAAGUUUAGUGCUUUAAGUGUCUGAGGGUAUCUACCCUGCUAGUAUAUAGUUUUACACAAAGGGCGGUAGUUUUUCGUUUUGAAACAAUUGAUAGUGCUGGAUGAAUUAAUAAAAAAGAAGGAUUUAUGAGUUUAGGUCAUCAAAACUUUGUCUAUUUUGAUAAAUUAAUAUGACAGCGCGUAUUAUUUUACAAGUAUUUGAUCAAUAUCAAAAGGCACGUUUGCUUUUUGCACAAUCCAUUUCUAAUCUUGCAUCAAAGCCCAAUAAUAUUGAAUGUUUGAAAAAUGCCGGUGUUAUACAUUUGCUUAGGCCUUUGUUAUCAGAUGUAGUCCCUUCUAUUCAGCAUAUGUCUGCAAUUGCAUUGGGCAAACUGGCGAAUCAUGAUAUUAACUUGGCACAAGAUAUUAUUCAAGAAGAUAUUUUACCUCGCUUGUUACACAAUAUAGAGAAACAAAAUGUACGAGCUUUGUGAAUAAAUUUUAUAAAAAGGCAGCAUUGUUCGUAUUACGUGCUAUAGCAAAACAUUCAUCAGAAACAGCAUCAAUUAUAGUACAAAUGAAUGGACUAGAUGUAAUGAUUAUAUGUUUAGAAGAUUUUGAUUCUGGUGUUAAAGAAGCAGCUGCUUGGGGACUUGGAUAUAUAGCUAGACAUAACAGAAGUUUAGCACAGGCUACUGUUGAUGCAGGAGCAGUACCACUCCUUGUUUUAUGUUUACAAGAGCCAGAAUUAUGUCUUAAACAAGUUAGUGUAUCUGCCCUUUGUGAUAUAAGCAAACAGAGUAAAGAUUUAGCUCACACUAUUGUGGAUGCUGGUGCCCUACCUUAUUUAUCAAAAGCAUUAUCUAAUCCUGAUGUCAAAUUGAAGCGUCAAGUUCUAUCAACAUUAGGGAGCAUAGCUAAACAUGAUACAAACUUAGCAGAAGCUGUUGUAGAGACAGAAAUAUUACCCAAUGUUUUAGUACAUAUGGGUCAUCCUGAUGAAAAUGUAGUCAGAUCUGCAGCAAUUCUUACUAAAGAAGUUUGCAAGCAUACAUCGGAAGUAAAUUUUCAAUAAAGUUACUAUUUCAAUUAAGGAUAUCAUUCAU